UUAUUCAUGUUCAUAUACAUUUUUAAGACAAACCGAUGUUUUGAACGAUUGCUGAAGAUAUGAUAAAGAAUAUAUCAAAAGGUUAAAUAUAACCCAAUGUCGCGAUAUUAGUGUUUUUAUCGUAAUAUCGGAACUCUCAGUAUUGGUUUUUAUUCUGUUCUCGCGGGGUGUGUCCCUCAGAGCAGCACUGAGCGCUUGUUGGAGUCUGUCCGGAUGUGUAUAUGAUGUCUGAUCACUUGUUCCUCACCAGUGCGCUGCAGGCGCGCAAUGGAUUUAUUGUGGGAAUUGUUCUAUAUCGUAUUUAACCAAUUUCUCUGCUCGCUGAAUGGAUCUGAAUAAAGCAACGAUGAUAUUCGCAACUUUUUGGAUAAUGUUGCCUGUCCUUGAUUUAAUGCACUUCUCAAAGGCAGAUGCGAUCUCACAGUCUCGGUCGGUUCGGCUGGACUGCGUUAGGGCUCAUGAACAGUGUUUGGCGAAGUACGGCUGCAGCACUAAGUACCGAACCAUGAGACAGUGCGUGGCCGGGAGAGCCGGUAACUUCAGCAUGCUGGCUGAACCCGAGGCGCAGGACGAGUGCAGGAGCGCCAUAGAGUCCAUGAAGCAAAGUCCUCUGUACGACUGCAAGUGUAGGAGAGGAAUGAAGAAAGAGAAAAACUGUCUGCGCAUCUUCUGGAGUAUAUACGAAAGUUUACAGGCCAACGACUUGCUAGAGGACUCACCAUAUGAGCCAGUAAACAGCCGUUUGUCUGAUAUUUUUCGUCUGGCUCCAAUAAUAUCAGGUGAGGCGGCCUUUACGAAGGACAACAACUGCCUGAACGCUGCCAAGGCCUGCAACCUGAAUGACACGUGUAAGAAGUACCGCUCCUUCUACAUCAGUCCCUGCACCAGUAGAGUCUCAACCACUGAGGUGUGUAACAAGCGCAAGUGCCACAAGGCCCUGCGGCAGUUCUUCGACAAGGUGCCACCGAAACACAGUUAUGGCAUGCUUUUCUGCUCCUGCCCCUCCGGGGAUCACACGGCUUGCUCCGAGCGCAGACGUCAGACCAUCGUGCCAGCCUGCUCCUACGAGGACAAAGAAAAACCCAACUGUCUCUCCUUACAAGACUCCUGCAAGACCAACUACAUCUGCAGAUCUCGUUUAGCUGACUUCCUUACCAACUGUCAACCUGAGGUGCGCUCGAUUUCUGGGUGUCUGAAGGAAAACUAUGCCAACUGUCUGCUGGCAUAUUCAGGUCUUAUUGGUACGGUGAUGACUCCAAACUACCUCCGUGCCCCUGGCAUCAGCGUGUCACCUUGGUGUGACUGCAGCAACAGUGGAAACGGAAAAGCAGAGUGUGACAAGUUCACCGAGUUCUUCACCAACAACCGUUGUCUCCUCUGCACCAGUAAAUCUGAUCUCUGUGAUUUGUGUUCCUGCGUGGUUCAGGGCAGUCUGACGGCUCAGAAACUGAAAAGUAAUGUUACUCUGGAUGUUCUUUGUGUGGAUCCACAGCUGAAUGAUCCCAGUAGCUUUAAUGCAAUAGCUCGGAGCUCAACUAGUGCUGUCUGCCUGCUGGACUGGACUGUGCUGCUGCUGUCUCUGGUCUCAGUUCUUCUAACAGUCCCACAGACAUUAUAGCCGCUCACCGAUCAGACCUGCUGCUGGACUGCUGCUGCCGCCGCCUCUGUACCAUACAAAAAUGUUGUAUUAUAAGUUUUUUCUGCAAGUGGUUCUGUGCGCGCUGUGGUGUUUCAGUGUGAUGAAACUAUUCUUGGUCCACCUGCUUUACUUUCUCACUUAUCGGAGAUAACGGACAAACAUGGACAUAUUUGAAUGUCAGUAAAAGGUCAUCUAGGAUUACUUCUGUUGCGAAAAACUUUCUGCAAUCAGGCAUGGCCCGAACUCUUAUAUGUGGCGCAUUAUGCUACUUUUUUUCUACCAUCACAGCGAGAUCUGGUCGAGAAAAAAAGAGAUGCAUGGAGAUGCAAGAACCACUUCCGACAGUGAAAUAUUGACACAGCUUCUGCAUACUAGGGUGCUGCAGAUGAUAAUUUAUUUUCUCUGAGCUGAUGCCACAGGAAAGCCUGCAAACUCCAACUUGUACUCAAACAGUGUCAAGCAGUGCACAGAGAUUUUUUUGAAGGCUUAUCAGCAAAACCUGCUGCUCCUGUCCCUUAUUAGGACCUACAGACUCCAUUCUCCCUCAAAGUGGCAGUGACUUUUUGUAGUGCUCCAGCUUAGAUGAUACGGUAUGGGAAACGAACAUGAGGAUAGACACGACACUUUAUCACGUCAAA